AAGUCCCGCCCCCCUGCAGCACAGAAGUGCAAAGUCGAGUUUGACAGGUUUGACAUGUUUGACUCUCUUAACUCGUCUCACUCAUUCAAGAAACUCCCAUUUACUCUCAAACACGACACUGCUGGAAGACGCUAAACCCUCCAUACGCACCAGCUCUGCAGUUUUCAUUGGAAUGCACAGUUUGCCCUGCUGAAACCAGCGAUGCUAAACAACACCGGUGUGAAAUAGGUAUAUCCUGGUUGUUUGAUUGUCUUGUCUCUCCAUGGCCGUGCAGGAGAACCUGGCCGCGGGGGCCUACACCGGGACAAUGGGCAGAGUCCGGCGCCUGAUCAUCACCCUCGGGCUCAAUCCCGUAGCUCUCGCUUAUGCCAUGACCACCCUGGGAUCCACCAUGAUCAACAGCAUAUUCAACUUCUACUAUGUCAAACUCUUCCUCAACAAGUACAAGAUCUCAGAGGGAGCGUUCCAGCAGUCACAGGUGAUGUACAUGGUUUGGAAUGCGAUCAAUGACCCUCUGUUCGGCUACCUGCAAGACAACUCCCGGGUGGCCUUCUGCUCCCAGCGCCGCCUCUCCAUCCUGUACGGAGCUCCCUUCUACUCCCUGUCUUUCCUCAUAGCCUGGUUCCCGUGGCGGUCCUACGCCCCUAACGACUGGUUGAGCGGCCUACAUUUGAUGGUGGCGCUGUGUGUGUUUGAUGCCAUGCUGACCUUUGUGCUGCUGGCACAUAGCGCGUUGUUUGCAGAGAUUUCCAGCCACCAUCAGAAUCGACUAAGACUCAUAAAGUACAACCAGGUGGCCUCUCUCAUUGGCUCCUCCAGCGUCCUUUUCUGUGGUUUGCUGUCCAAUAACAUGGAGGACUAUACAGCCUUCCAAGCCUUCACGGUGUUCAUUGCUGUCAUAAGCUGUGGCUUCAUGCUCUAUACAGGCAUCCACAUUGAGAGCCGCUUCGAAAACAAAGGGUCUAGACCCAUAGACCCUGGGUGUGAUGACCAGACGUCCCAGAAGUCAGUGUUUUCUGUGUCGCCGCAAACCACAUUGAUCUGGCAAAUCCUGGUCAAUCGAGACUUUCAGGUUUUUGUGAUCAUGAACUUUUUCCAGGUUUUCAUGUUGGCUUUCUUCAACAACUUUACCAUGAUAUUUGCUGAGCACCUGAUUCCUCCAGAUGUGCUUCCACCUCUGGCCAAGAGCAUCAUGUACGGAGCGGGAUUCAUCUGUCCACAGUUGUUGGUAUUGAGCUGUCAGAGUCUGCUGCAUGGCCUUGGCUAUUACAGGAUCAUCCUCUUCACCUUCUACCUGGAGGCUGCAAUGGCUGCUAUCAUGCUAAUGCUCGGUCCUCAGCACUACUAUUUUCUGGCCUUUUUCCUCACUAUUAACAUGGUCCUGAUUCAGGCUUCCUUCAGUCUUUUCGGCUUGCCUCUGGCUGACAUCAUCGACACAGACCUGCAGAGGCACAACCGCAGUUCCCCACUCUCCUCAAUGGUGUUUGGGACGAAUGCUCUGUUCACCAAGCCGGGUCAGUCUCUAGCCCCGAUGAUAGUGCUCUACGUCCUCAACCAGUUUGGAUAUGAACAGCUGAAGGAAGAAGGAGGGAAUUCGAAUCCAAGCGCCCUGGCGAGCCUCCACAAUGUGAUGUUCUACCUGGUGUGUCUGGUGCCAAUGUGCGUCGCUUGUGCUCAGGUCCUGGCUUGGAAGCCGUUUUCCAUCCGCAACAGUCACACAGUAGACGCAAAGUACAUUGACAACUAAUGUUUCAGAGGUGGCUGAUUUCUUUAGCUGGGAUUUGGGUGAAAUUCUUUAUUGUUGAGUGAGUGAUCAAGAAGAAAUUAAUUUCCAAAUUAUUGAAUAUUUGAGAGAAUCCAGGGUGGGUUUGAUGCACUUUAUCGAUAUUUACUGUACUCGGCAAAUGCGCACUUGUAAACUAUCUCUGUCGCUCACCGGCACCAAGUACAUACAUUUAAAACACCAAAAAAAAGAAAAAAGGAAAUCAUAAUCUCUGUAAGGAGAAGCCUUACUUCCUCUCUGACUUCCAUUGCCUCCAAAGACAGUUCCCCUCCAUUUAUGGCAUAGAAGGGAGUUAGAUUAUUAAUGAUCAUUAUUUGAAUCUGAAUGAUUUGUGGUAACUACUGUAUAUACGAUAAGCCCACUGACACUCCUUUCAUUAGUAAUUAAUGUACUGUCUCAUCCGCAAAAAUAACUGGAUAGCUGGACCAAACCAUAGACUUCCAACAUUUAAGUUUACAGUUACCUCAGGUUCAUUUAAUCUGAAGAGUGAAUAAAAUGUCACGGACAUGACAUUGGAUGAUUUUUGCCGUGAGCAGAGCAGAGGCAAACAUCGUAGCUUUAACUCCAGCCCAGCGCAAAUCAACUCGACAAUGUGAUAUUUAUUUACAUCUGUAUUUCAGAUGUUCAGUUUACAGUAGACGGCAAUGAAGGAGAGGAAGCACAGAAGGGAAGUUUUACCUUAGGUUGUUUGGUUGGAUGGUAAAAAACCUCAGUUUUGAAUGCUUCACCUCGGCUUUUUUAAGGAAUGCAUAACUAAUGUUAUCUGGAUGGAUCUAGAUUCUUUCUGUUGGUGUUUGUAAUCAAAAAAAAUGGAUGAGCAGAAUGUGUUUCUACCUGUACAUUUGUUAUUGUUAGAUUUUUUUUUUUUAAUGAACCACUUCAAGACCUAUGCUUUUUGAACAUAGUGUCUUCUGAGCUACAUUCAAUAUACAUUCGUCUGUAAUAUGCCUUUCUAUGUGCAUUUUGAACUUUCUAUGUUCGCGCUACAUCUUUUGUUUGGUUUCCAUAAUUUUUUGAUAAAAUGUAUUUCUACUAUAUGCUGAAAGUGAAACAUGAUUUAUUAUUUUACAUGUUUGCAAGUCGGUGAUAUGUGUUUUGUGUCAAAAAGGUGAAUGUUUGAAUAAUUUUGAUAUAAAGGGAUAUUUUCAAAAAGCUGCUUAAA